ACUGGCGCACACAUGACACGCGCGCAUAACUGUCAAGGGGUGCUCGAUGUGACCGCAACGCAACGCACGGGACGCACCCGGCCACUCGCCGCGCGCUCUCAUCCCCCUAGCAGAUUGAACCAGCAGCAGCCGGAGCGACCGUCGAGCCCUCCAUCCGCGACGCGCGCGCGCACGGGACCUGGCAGGAGGAGGCAACGAUGGAGGACGCGUACGGGCGCACGAGCGCGGCGGUCGCGUCCUGCUGGGGCCGGUUCGGCCUGGCGGCGCUGUGGCGCAGGCUCAGGCGGAUGGGCUGGCCGCGCCGGCGCUACCGGACGUACGUGCUCGGCGCCGGCGGGCUCAACUACGACCCGGUCAGCUACUCCCAGAACUUCGACGACGGGAGGGUCUGCGAGUGCGAGCCCGACUUCCUGGACAGGUUCGCGGCGCGCCGGCUUGGCAUCGUCGGUGAAGUCUUAGCCGUGCGUGCUAGGUUCCAGCCGUCUGGUGCGCAUGUCUUGGUAGUCUCAAGCAUGAGUAGUCAAUAGGCGGUCAUGUUGGCCAUGUCUGUUUAUCCUAGGAGCACUGUAUGCCCUUAGGUGUCGGCGUGAGCGUCGCUCCGCGGUUGUAAACCAAACUAUUCAUUUUCUUUUCUUAGUAUAAUGAUACGUCGCAAUUUUCCUA